AUGUCCGCGCGCGCCCGCUUCUUCGAUGCCCGCCUCGCAUCGGCCCUUGCGGCGGGCGCGGCCCAGCAGGUUGUAGUGCUGGCCGCCGGCUACGACUCGUCGGCGUACCGCUUCAAAGGCGGUUUUCUCGCCGCAAAGUUCUUCGAGGUCGACCUGCCGCGCGUGUCGGAAGCCAAGCGGGCGCUGGUCGCGGCCACGCUGCCGCCCGGCGCCGCGGCCGGCGCCGCCUUUGUCUCGGCCGACCUCUCGUCGCCCCGGCAGCUGCGGGGGGCGCUGCUUCCAGAGGGCUUCGAUCCCUCGAAACCGACAGUUUGGCUGGCGCAAGGGCUCAUGAUGUACCUCCCCGCGGCCGCCAUCGCCGCGCUCCUGCGCGAACUGCGCGCGCUGAGCGCGCCGGGCAGCCGCCUCGUGUUCGACGCGCCAGACGCAGCCGCCGUCUCGUCCGGGGGCGGCCUCCAGGGGGCGAGGCUGGGGUUCGAAGUCACAAAGGCAGCGACGGACCUGGUGGGAGAGACGGUUUUUUCGAGUGUGGACCUCAGCCCCCAAGGGGCCGACGCGCUCGCGGCCGCGUUUGGCUACCGGUGCGUGGAUCUGGUCGGGUACGGUGCCGAGGGCGGGCGCAGCUUUGGUCGGCUGACGCGGUGCGUGGAGUGGGCGGUGGACGCGUGA